GAGGGAGCCCGACGGCGGCCCGCCUGGGCCAAACCUCCGCGGCGAACCGAAGGGCGGGGUGCAAGGGCGGGCCGACACCGCCCCCCGGCUGCCGCAGCCCCGCGCUGACCCUCCGCCGCAGCUCCUGCCCGGGCCCGUCUCCGCCGCCGCGGCAGACGCUCUGAUCGCGAUGGCAGCCAGCAGAAACGUGAUGAGAGCAGUCAGGGUCUUUGAAUUUGGGGGCCCUGAUGUGCUGAAACUCCAGUCAGAUGUGUUGAUCCCCAGUCCAAAGGCACAGCAGGUGCUCAUUAAAGUCCAUGCCUGUGGGGUGAAUCCUGUGGAGACCUACAUUCGUUCUGGAACCUACGCUCGCAAGCCAGCUUUACCCUACACCCCCGGCACGGAUGUGGCUGGUGUCAUAGAGACUGUUGGGGAGCAGGUCACAGCCUUCAAGAAGGGCGACAGGGUUUUUACCAUGGAGACGAUCUCUGGAGGAUAUGCAGAGUAUGCAGUUGCUGCAGCUGACAAAGUCUUCCCUUUGCCAGACAAGCUGGACUUUAAGCAGGGAGCAGCCAUUGCAGUACCUUAUUUCACUGCCUACCGGGCUCUGUGCCAAAAAGGGCAUGCCAAGGCAGGGGAGACGGUGCUGGUGCAUGGUGCCAGUGGAGGAGUGGGAAUAGCAGCGUGUCAGAUUGCCAGAGCUUGUGGUUUGAAGGUUUUGGGUACAGCAGGAACUGAAGAAGGCAUGAACACGGUCCUGAGAAAUGGUGCCCACCAAGCAUUUAACCACAGGGAAGCUAAUUACAUCAGUAAACUUAAGGAAUACACAGGGGUGGAAGGGGUUGAUAUAAUAAUAGAAAUGCUCUCUAAUGUCAACCUGGCUACUGACUUGCAGCUGCUGUCCCGUGGAGGAAGGGUGAUGGUCGUGGGCUGCAGAGGUCCUGUUGAGAUCAAUCCAAGGGACACUAUGAGUAAAGAGUCCAGCAUCAUUGGAGUUAGUCUGUUUCUUGCAACUGAGGAGGAGAGGCGUGAGUGUACAACAGCAGUCUUUGAUGGCAUUGAGGCUGGCUGGUUGAAACCGACUGUGGGCUCUGAAUAUCCCCUGGAGAAGGUGGUGAAGGCUCAUGAAGACAUCAUUCACUGCAGUGGUGCUCAAGGAAAGAUGGUGCUGCUUCCAUGAAGUCCUUUGCCCUUUGUUGUGUAGCUGCUCGAACCGCACCUUUGCAGCAAACGUGUGUUACCAAGCAUGCUUUGAUCAGGUUUGACAGUGACAGCAAAGGCCACCUUGGGCUAAUUAAUUACAUUAAUUAAGGACGUUUACUAAUAAUCAGGGUUGCAUAUAUUUUUUAAUGAUUUUGGCAGCUUUUUUGUGUUAUGUGGAAAUCAGUUCUCUGCUGGUGUGGCCUUGAGAUGCAGGGAAACGAAUAUCUCUUGAUCUUGUGCUCAAGGGGAAGUGAUAGGGAGGCCACUGCAGGUGGUGCCAAGUGCCACCUGGUAGGUAAGUACACAAAGCCAUGUAUAGAGCUGGCCAUGUGUGUAGCUCGGAUAGAGCUAUGCACGUUCUUUAGCCACAAAAUCAGUCUUGUUCAUCUUUUGUCACCUCAUUUACUUGCAAUAAAAGCUUUUUACUGACA